AUAGUCUGUAGAUCUACUUAUAUCCAUUUAAUUCAGAACAACACUAAACUGCGUUAGGUAUCUUGAUGAUACUUUAACCGUGUGCUAGCUUAAUCAAAUGUACUUUGGCCAAAUAAUUUCCCUUUUGGAACGGACCUCAUUCCUCAUUCUGGGGCGAGGGUGUGUGUGUGCGCGCACACUGCUCUAUCCUGCUGCGCCUGCUUGUCGCUUCAGUGACGUGGGGAAACUAUAGCUGCUCUCAGCACAGCUCGCUAAUCGCUAUUCACAGACUACAGUCCAAAGUCAAGUUCCCAUUAAAAGGCAAUUAAAGCUUCCACCGUAAGAGGCUAAAUUCCAUAUUCUUAAUCGUGGAAGGUAACUGGACCAGUCUGGGGCAUAUUGUCGACAGAACAACGAAUCCGCAGAUUAGGCUCCGCCCUGCAAUUCAGACGUGUAAUGGGUGAGUAGAAAAUGGAAAAAAGUGUGUCAGUUUCUGACAGUGAUGGGUCCACGUUCACGCCGCUGGUGGCCAUCGAGCUGGCCGAAGACAUCAAAGAGGAGGCGGUCGCGUGGCUGCUGAACAGAAUAAAGGACAAACAGCAGCAAGCUGGGGCUGACUUGUUGGUGGACCAGCUGCCCCGGGAGGGCCUGAGCGAUAAGAAGGGGAACCCCAACAUAUUUAUUGUGGGGGCCACGUGGCUGAGGCUGCUGUACGGGGCAGAGGAGGUGGGCCUUGUGAAGGAGUUCAAUGAUGGAUCCAUGCGAGGGUUCACAUAUGCCAACAAGGAGAACUUUAAAUCCUUCCAAGGUGACGGCGAUGGGUUCCUCAGUAUAGCUGAGUGCCAGUACAUCAUUAAGCAUGAGCUGGACACCCUGCGGGCCAAAGAGGAGACCCAUGUCCCUGGGUACACUCAGGUGAAGUUGUACCCAGGGAAGUCCAUCACACGCAGGAUGCAGUCCAAGGGCAUAAUGAUCCAGAUUUUCCCUCUUCAUAUGAAAGAGGACUUGAAGAGACUCUCACUGUCCUGGUAUCAAAAGGUCAAGCUCUCCUUUCAGCCCCUCGAUGACAUCCGACAGUAUUUUGGCGAGAGCCUUGCUCUGUACUUCGGCUUCCUGGAGUACUUCACCUUGGCCCUGGUCCCCAUGGCUUUCUUCGGGAUCCCCUACUACCUCUUUGACUGGGAGAGCUAUGACAAGUACGUGCUCUUCGCCGUCUUCAACCUGCUGUGGUCGACGGUGAUCCUGGAGGUGUGGAAGCGGAACAGCGCCUCGCUGGCGUACGGCUGGGGCACGCUGAGCCGGAAGAAGGCCUUCGAGGAGCCGCGGCCAGGCUUCCAUGGCGUGCUGGGCCUCAACCCCGUCACGGGCCGCGAGGAGCCCGUCUUCCCCUACACCAGGCGCCAGCUGCGCAUGUACCUGGUGUCCGUGCCCUUUGUGCUGCUGUGUCUGUACCUGUCGCUAUAUGUGAUGAUGAUCUACUUCGACAUGGAGGUGUGGGCUCUGGGCCUGCACCAGGAGGAGCCCACCCUGUGGAGCAGCCUGCUGCUCUACGUGCCCAGCAUCAUCUACGCGGUGGUCAUCGAGGUCAUGAACCGCCUCUACCGCUACGCCGCCGAGUUCCUCACCGAGUGGGAAAACCACAGAUUAGAAUCAUCGCAUCAAAAUCACCUGAUUCUCAAAGUUCUGGUGUUUAACUUCCUGAAUUGCUUUGCCUCUCUGUUCUACAUCGCCUUCGUGAUGCAAGACAUUGUACUUCUAAGGCAGAGUCUGGCUACACUGCUGAUCACAUCCCAGGUGCUGAAUCAGAUUAUGGAGGCCUUCCUGCCCUAUUGGCUCCAGAAGAGACGCAACAAAAAGGUCCACACGAGGAAUCAGAAGAGCUUGGCAGAGCAGGAGCUGCCUCUGAGCGAACAGGUCAGGCUGGAGGCUGACAUGAACACAUAUCUGGGCACCUUUGAUGACUACCUGGAGCUCUUCCUGUUAUUCGGUUAUGUCAGCCUGUUCUCCUGUGUCUACCCUCUGGCUGCUCUGUUGGUGGUCCUAAAUAACGUCACAGAGGUCUACUCCGAUGCCUUGAAGAUGUGCAAGGUUUUCAAACGGCCUUUCUCUGAGCCUGCGGCCGACAUCGGUGUGUGGCAGCUUGCCUUUGAGACAAUGAGCGUUAUCUCCGUUGUUACCAACUGUGCCUUGAUCGGGAUGUCUCCCCAUAUGAAGGCCUACUUCCCUGAGUCAGAGACGCAGCUCAUUCUGCUGGUGGUGGCAGUGGAGCAUGUGCUCCUGGCUUUCAAGUUCUUCCUGGCUUUCGUGAUCCCAGAUAUUCCCAAACAGAUCCAGAUCAAGUUAGCCCGGCUGGAGUUCCAGUCUCUGGAGGCCCUCAAGAAAAGAAAAAUGUUGGAGGUUGCAUCAGGGAUCCCCAAUAAGAGCUAAUGAUGGAGAAGGAAGAGACAAACACCACCGAUACUGAUGGACCCUCGUCAAGAUCCAGGGAAACCGACCACAGCCUGAGACUUUACUCACCGUUUACACGCUGUUCACAUGCUGCACUGCAAGACGCCUUAUUGAGCAGGAUCAAGAACUGGCCUGCUGCUUAUUUAUUGGGAAUGGUGUGUUGAAAUCAUAUGUACCAAAAAGCAUUAUGCAUAUCUAUGGAAAACCUGGUCCUGCUGAAAAGGAACUGCUUGUUUCGAUUUGUGGAUUGUGUGUGCGUGUAACAUUAUGCAUGCUCUGUUAUGACUGUCUUAUCAUCGACCCACCUCCCCCAACGGUUAGUCUCAUGGAAAAUAACUAGACUCCAUUUCAUUAUAUAUUCAUAUUCAUCAGUACAACUAGAAUGUAUAUCACUAGGACUACAGGGUGGUGUCUAAUGGGAAGUCAAAGCAAAGUAGUGGUCUAAAUAUGGAAUCUAAAAAUGUCCUCCGCUAUGCACUAGGGUUAUGUUUGGGGUGAUUUUGGUGAAGGUACUAUGUACAUAACUAUGUACAUUUCUAGAGUUUGGAUUGGGAUGGGAUGACAAGCUAUAAUGGGAUUGAGAUUUCCCCCACAAAAAAAUUGAGACAGAAAUAUAGUUUAGUGGAAAAUGAGGACUCUUGAAUGAAGACUGCUUUUUAAGCCAUUUAUUCACACAACCUGUCCACUGGGCUUUUUGUCAGAUAUUUUCUUUUAAAUAAAAAUAGAGAAAUAUACCUCAGAAAUAAGCAGGGUGGUUUCUGAAAAGGAAUAGGAAUGAAAAUGUAGUAGUUGCAGAAUGUAUUGGCAAACCACAGGUAUGAAGUAUCUCUUGUAUCGUCAUCAACAGUAUUAUAGUAUGGAUGGUUCAUGGUAAUGAUCUGCUGUAAGUAAAAAGGUGUUCAUUUCCGUUACUGUAAUGACAAUAUAGGUAUUGAUUCCUGUUGGUCUUAAAUGAGCACUCCAGUGAGAGGCAGUGCCUUUAAAUGAGGUGAAAUCUGGUGUUGCCUGUUGGCUGUGCACUGUUCUCAUUUUGUGCUCUGUAGUCUCCCAUCUCACAAUACUUACCUGACAUAUCCUGAACAGAAUAUAUUCACAAUUUUACAAUGAA